GGCUGCCUGCCCAGGAACGGUGGCCUGUCCCUUUAAUUCCCCCCAGCUCUUUUGAUUCUUGCUGGCAUCACCUCUCUUGAGCAAUGCAUUUGGGGACUUGGGAGCAGCUGCCACCUUCACUCUGGAUUUCCUUGGCGUCUGUUUCCUUCUCUGUGUGUGUCUCCCAAGCUCACUUGAAUUUUGCUAAGUGACUUUCUAGAAAGAGUCAGCUGAUAAAACAGCAGGUUUGGCUCAGCAUCUGUAAGAAUAAGCUGAAUAUGCUACUGAAUAUUCAGAAUAACCACUUUACCACAUCUUGAUAAGUACAGCCAACUGUCUUAAAGUCAAAGUGAUGUUGGUCAGCUUUUGCCAAGUUUUGCUGCAGGAAAACUGGUCCCUGGGGAAGCACUUGAAGCGUGUGCGCUCCCUUUAUGGCCCAGUAGCCAAACUGGGGGUCUGCGGAGGCAGGUGCUGUUUGCCUGCGUGUGUGCACCCACACACAGCCCCAAAGAACUCAGAGCUCGUUCCCGCACACUCUGAUCCACAGCUUACCCCAAAGUUCUGGACCUGCUCAAUCCAGCACCUGCCCCUCCUCGGCGUGCCUGUCCUCACACCGUCCAGCCACCCAGAAUGCCUGCCCCUCCACCCUUUCCCUCUUUGUCCCUCCGGCUCUCCUACGGAAGCCCACGCUUUUUUGGAAAACGGAAAACAAAACGCUCUGUAUUACCUGCCUCAGAAGCUCUGUAUCCAGGCGAGCACCGUCCAGUUGGCCGGGGGUUCCAGGAGGGGGCUGUGCUUCCUUCUCCCUCCUCCUGGGGGGAUGCUGGGCAGGUUGCCUUUUAGCACCCCGACGUCCGGUUGCCGUAGGGCUAGAGGGCCCGGUCGUGCCCUGGGGAGUGCUAGCGUGUCCCCCACCUUCUCGUCUCGCAGUGCUGCCAUGGGGAACACCACCAGUGAGCGGGUGUCUGGGGAGCGCCACGGAUCCAAGUCUCACCGCUCCGAUGGGGCCAGCAGCACGCAUCAUGCCAAGGACCAUCCGCACAAGAUCAUGGUUGGAAGCACCGAUGACCCCAACGUCUUCAGCACCCAGGACUCCAAGCUUCCCGAGGAAAAGGACUUUGUGUCCUGGCACCACGACUUGGAUGAGUCCCUCAAGCCCACCCAGCAGGCUCGUCCCACGGUCAUCCGCUGGACGGAAGGAGGCAAGGAGGUCUUCAUCUCGGGAUCCUUCAACAACUGGAGUGCCAAGAUCCCCCUCAUUAAAAGCCACAACGACUUCGUUGCUAUUCUGGACCUUCCCGAAGGGGAGCACCAGUACAAGUUCUUUGUGGACGGCCAGUGGGUGCACGACCCCUCCGAGCCUGUGGUCACCAGUCAGAUGGGGACAAUUAACAAUAUUAUUCAUGUCAAGAAGUCUGACUUUGAAGUCUUUGAUGCUUUAAAAGUGGACUCCCUGGAAAGUUCAGAGACUUCUUGUCGAGACCUUUCUGGCUCCCCACCUGGAAUUUAUGGCCAGGAAAUGUACGCCUAUCGGCCAGAGGAGCGCUUCAAAUCCCCACCCAUCCUCCCUCCCCACCUCCUCCAGGUCAUCCUGAACAAGGACACGAACAUUUCGUGCGACCCGGCCCUCCUGCCUGAGCCCAACCAUGUGAUGCUGAACCACCUGUACGCCCUCUCCAUCAAGGACGGCGUCAUGGUGCUCAGCGCCACCCAUCGCUACAAGAAGAAGUACGUCACCACCCUGCUCUACAAGCCCAUCUGAGCCGGGUGCGGCGGACACAGGGGAGCUCCUUCGCCAGGGAAAGCCGCCUGGCGCCAGCCCACCAGGGGCUCCGGACAGGCUUCCCUUGCUCCCCGAGGACCGCUUCCUACACAGACCUUGUGUCUCUUCGUAGCACAGGCACUGGCUGCACUGACUGCUUGGGUGCGUCACCUGCUCUGCAUGGCAAAUGAGAGGCAGGCUCUCCUAGGAAGGAGACCUGCUCCGGGUGGCCUGCUGGCCUGCCCAUUCGUGGUUCUCCCCUGCCGGAGCUCUCUGGGCGUAGUGCCGCAUCCCGGCCACCGGGCCCACCUCCUUCCCUCACCUGGCCCUGCACAGUCACCUGUGCCCGCCUCCACGCCACCGUGCUUGCCCUGGUUUUUCCGUAGUGCGUGUGCCCCGGCACUUUAAAUUGGGGAGGGGAGGGAGGGAGGAGAUCUGCCUCGCUGGCCACGUGGGGCUCGGGAUGCUGCGGUGGAGUGGCAGGAAAUGUCACUCUCCUGGGCCUUUGUGCGGUUCCCGGGCGCCGGGCCUGUCGUGGGAAGCAGGUGCAGGCCCAGGCAGGCGCUGCCCCGGAGCUGCGGGGCGGCUCUCCCGUCCCGACAGCCGCUCCGUAGGCCCUCCGCAUGUGCACGGUCUCCAUGGGCCCGGCUCGGUCUGAGGCUUCCCGCUGCACUUUUGCACGGAGGCAUGGCGCCGCUCUGAGGCUGGCUACUGUGAGGCGUGUUCUCACGUCCGAAGAACAGCGCCUGCUGUGGUGCCAACGGGAGCUGGCACCGCCGACUGCCGCCCGGGGGCGAGAAGUCGCAUGGCCAGUGCCCCGGGGCACAGAUUGGGGUGUGGCUCAUGGCUGCCUUCCUCUGGCAUGGCCGGCCCAGGAUCAGGCCGCCCACCUCCCGUGUGAGCGCCGUCCUGACCGGUCGUGGCCGGGAGUGCCCUGGCCCCGUUGGUGGAGAGGCGGUCCCCGCGCCUGCCCACCCCCCUUUUGCAGUGUUCCCGGCCACUCGCUGCCCGCCCCUCUUCUCUGGCCACGCACGACAAGCCCGCCCGUUCCCUGCCGAGUGCGGGCUGGCCUCUGCCCAGGCCUGCGUGUUUGCGGGGAGUCCCGGCCCGCGUUCCGAGUCCUUCGAUGGAACAGUCGGGCGUCUUUUUCCUGCUUCGGACUUCUGCUGUGGGGGUAGGGUUAGGGGGGCUUCCUUGGAGGGGCUGCCUCCUCCCCCUCUCCCCAGCCCUGUCUCCUUUCCUCCCUGCACUGGGAGCAGCGGCCUGGGGCUCCUGCUCCCUCGGUCACACCUGGCCGGCAGAAGCUGGGCGGGGGUCCCAGGCUGCCCCCCCAGUUCCAGUCCCCGCAAGGCAGCGCUGCCGUGCCGCCCGCCUCCUGUGUCCGGCACUCCUUGCUGCACAAACGCGGCCCGGCGGGGGGAGGGCUGUGGGGGCGCUUCCAGCCUGGCUUGGAGCAGCCCUCAGCUGCCGGGGCGGACUGAGCUGGCAUUCGGGGUAGGGACCAGGCCGGGGAGCCGCUGCUGGGGCCCCGCUGAGUCAGCGGCACACACCAACCAUGGCUCCGCAGAGCUGGCAGCCAGCGCUCCCGGCGCAUUGUUAGCUGCCUCGGCUGCUCGCGAGGCGAGGCGAGGCGAGGCUUUGUGAGCCAUGCCGGCAGGGCUGCGUGGCCGACACAGAAGGUGGCCGUGGUGACGGCACUUGGAGUCGCGGCAGAUGGCUUGGUCACAGCCCCAGCCCGGGGCACUCGAUGCCCGGCCUGUGAAAAGGAAAUGCCGAGGCGCCCCAGAACGGCCUUCCACGACCUUUUCCAGGCAUGGGAACCCGCUGGGGCCGCACACGGAGUGCCGCGCGGGGUGGGAGGGGGGCUGCGCCGGCCGCAGGGGCAAGCCGAGACCAGGUUGAGCCCUGGCCGGAGCUGGCUGUGUUGGCCCUGUGGUCAGGUCAGGCAUAGGAGAGGCUGGUGCCAGGCCGAGAGCGGGGAACUUCCACUGCUGGCCACCCAGGACCCUCUCCUCCCGCACUUGGCGGGCAGCCCCCGCAGGGCUCAGUUGCGGCGGGAUGCGAGGGCUGAGGGGGAGUCGCGCCCGUGUCCUCGGGAUCGACGGGCCGUCGUGCUGCCACUUGGGGGCAUGCUGGGGCUGGAUGGAGGCCGCGUCAGGCGACUGUCCGGGGCCUGCGUGAGGCGAGGCCGGGGGGACGGAAGCAGCCCGGCAGCCCCUCCCGGCCUCAGGCCAACCCCCAGCGCUGAUCCUUGGGAACGUGGCUCAGCGGCACGGCGUGCCAGGCGCCCCAUGGGCGGCCCUGCAUCUUGCAUGGCUGCCGGCUUGUGCGACGCCUCUGGGCCACCCCGGGAGCGGGGGAGGCCCGGAGUGGCAUGGCACCCGCGUGCAGCUCUGGUGACAGGCGCGCCCACCGCCCCCAGAUGCGCCUGGCGCCACCUUUCCCGUGGGGCGGCCGCAGAGGCGGGCUGCGCAGUGGCUCGUGCUUGCUGCCGUGUGCCGGUUUUUGUGCGGCCAAAGGCUCCAGGGCACUCCAGGCACGUGGGCGCAGGACUGUCCGGUGCCCCGACAGUCCCGGUGGAGACCACCUCAUUGCAGCCCCCUCCCCGAUACCAUCGAGGGUCAGGGUCUUUGCAGGAGGCCUCAGGGCAGAUGGCUGGGCCUGCGUGAUUUGUGCUUCCUAGUUUUGUGGCUGGAAAAAAUAAACUGGUUGCUUGUUUA